AUGGCCUCCCAAAGUUCGGCGGCAGUGGUUUGGGUUUCGAGGCUGGUGAUCUUUGCGAUCUUGUACGUACUGACAGGGUAUGUGGCAAUCGUGCCGUUCUUGGUAUCGAAAGGACAGGUCGGCAUAAUUCUUAGCACCCAAGCUUGGUCAAGCGUGGCCGCCUUGAUACCAGCUGGCUUCGGCAUUGACAAAUAUGGGGCGAAGGGCGUUUUGCAGCUGGGUGUAUGCAUGUCUCUGACGAGUUUGGCCCUUAUGGGCAUUUCCAGUGGUUUCCCAACGCAGUUGCUGGCGCGCAUUCUUUUGGGUGCUGCCACGUCAGUCAUCUUCAACUCAGCCAUGGCUUUGAUCAUGGAGCAUUUCAUGGAGCCCAAGAGAUCAGAGCACUUGGGAUUGGCCGUCGGUUUGGGCUCCCUCGGCAACCUUGCAGGCCCACCAUGCAUGGGUGCUCUCUUUGAUGCUGCGGGUACAGAAGGCCUACCGGAGCCUCAACUUUGGGCGGUCCUGCCUCCGCUGCUGCUUUUCUUCGUCAUCCUCAAGAUGCUUCAAGAGGUGGUGUCGAAAACUGACCCCCUCCUUGAAAAAGGGAACCUUUUAGCAAAGGCCUGCGGCGGUCUUUUCUUGUUUGGAAACGCAAAGGUGUUGGUUUUGACGUUUGAGCUCAUUUGCAUUUUCGCAGCCAACAAUGCUUUCGUCACAGCUGCAGCCAUUGAACUGCAACGACAUGGAUUUUCUUCUACGUGGAUCGGCGUGAUCACCAUGCCCUCGGGAUUGAUGCAGUGCUUGCUGUCACAAUGGGCUGGCCGAGUUGCUGGUUCCGCAAAAAAUCGUGAGCGGAUUCUUCUCUAUACACCCGCUUUGCUUGGGUUUUCGCUGCUGUUCAUUAGCUUCAUGGCCAGUAGCAUGGCAUAUCUGGCCACUGUGGAUUCAUCAGUCAGCACGACCAGCACGUUGCUCGUUCCGAUUCUGUCCACCUUGAUCGUCAGUUCAGCUGCUCUGGGGGCAGCGGAUGCCCCAGCCAUGUCGAUGAUGGCAGACUUGGCUGCUUCGCAAGGUCUUGGCUACGGCCAAGCACUGACAGCUUCCGAAAUGGCCAUCAACGCAGGCCUUGCCAUGGGUCCAUCGUUGGCAACCUUGGCGCUGGCCGUCAGGUGGAACUACUUUGAGAUUUGUUUGACUGGCGCGGUUUGCACAUUGUUGGCCGCGUUUUUCAGUACAUGUGCCUUGCGAGACGUCCCACAUGCUGAUUCAACCUGA